AUGGGGCCCAAAGACAGGGCCAAGAGCUCACGCUGCGGCCCAGAGCUGAGCUGCAGGGCAGCCGGGGACGGCCCCACGCAGGAAAACUGUAGACCCCACUGUCCGUGUGUCCGUGUCCAGGGCCGCAGCACCUGGGGAGCCCGGGACCACGUGGACGGGCAGAUCCUCGGCCAGCUGCACCCCCUGGCCGAGGAGGAAGACGGGGAGGGGCCUGCCUUCCCCGGCAUGGGCUCCGAGGAGGUGCGGCUGGCCUCCUUCUGCGACUGGCCGCUGACCACUGGGGUGCGGCCCGAGCCACUGGCCGCUGCUGGCUUCUUCUACACGGGCCAGCAGGACAAGGUGAGGUGCUUCUUCUGCUACGGAGGUCUGCAGAGCUGGAAGCAAGGGGACGACCCCUGGACCGAGCACGCCAAGUGGUUCCCCAGGUGUCGAUUCUUGCUCCAGUCAAAGGGCAGAGACUUUGUGCACAGCGCCCGGGAGGCUCAUCCCCGGCUGCAGGGCUCCUGGGACCGAUGGGAAGAGCCGGAAGAUGCUGCCCUCACCACCGCCCCAGCUCCUGUCCACCGGGACCCUGAGCAGCUCACGCCCAGAAGAGAGGCCCAGACUGAAGGCGCCCGGCAGCCAGGUGCAGAGGAACCAGCUGAGCCCAGGCCAAGUGCGCGGUGGGCUCCCGAGCCGCGAGGAGCCGGGGCUGCGGAGGAGGAGCUGCGGCAGCUGCGGCAGGAGAGGACGUGCAAGGUGUGUCUGGACCGCGCCGUGUCUGUGGUCUUCGUGCCGUGUGGCCACCUGGCCUGUGCGGAGUGUGCCCCCAGCCUGCAGCUGUGUCCCAUCUGCCGGGCCCCCGUCCACAGCCGCGUGCGCACCUUCCUGUCCUAG